CAGAAAAUUGGAUUAGAUAAGUAUAUCUAUGUGUUUAGUUUUGUUUUGUCUGAUUUUAGUUUUGUCUUUUCUUUUGCAGGUCCAAUUCGUCCAGGAUUUUUCAUUUUUGUCCGGUGGGAUUUGGGAAGGAAUGCAUUGCCUUGAAUUUAUAAAGAGCAUCGUCGGAGGUUCGUGUUUGUCAGGAUAUUGUCAGUAUGCCGUUGCUACCAAGAAAAGGUGGAAUUUAAGGGUCAAGAUUUUGACCUUUUGCCGGGUCAACAGCGCCGCACUUGGAAUUCGUGCCGAAAUCGUCGUUUUUCAUUUCGCCGAGUCGGGAAAUGGGAUUUUGUCUGUAUGCCGUUGCUGCCAGAAAAAAGUCGAUUUCAAGGGUCGCGAAAUUGACCUUUUGCCGGGUCAGCAGCGGCGCACCUAGGGUCAAGAAGGACGAGGGUGCACCCCAACAUGGAGACGGCAUCCAAACAUUAUAGGAUUUUUAUAUUUUAGAUGACAAAAGCUUCGUUUUUCGUUGCGCCUAGUAGGGAAGUAGUAGGUUGCGUAGUUUUAUGCUUUUAUUAAUAUGUUUUUCUUUUUCAGGGAUAUUGUCAGUGUUAUCGUUGCUACCAGAAAAAGUCGAAAUUCAAGGGUAACGAUUUUGACCUUUUGCCGGGUCGGCAGCGCCGCACCAAGGGUCAAUAAAAUCGAGUGGCUUCCUGGAAAAGGGACGGCAUCAAAACAUUGUGGAUUUUUAUAUAUAUUAUUAUAUAGUGCUCUGUUUUAUGUUUUGAUUAAAGUAUUUCUAUCUUUAACGGA